GCUACUCUUCUCUUUAUCUCUUCAAACUCUGCUAAGCACUCAAAGCUUCUCCUCCAUUUUAUCUCUCCUUCCUAAACUCACCUGAGCUUUGUUCAUUAGCGAUGACAAUGCAGCUAUGGUGAGCCUCUACAUCUCCUCAAACGCUCCAAGUUUCUAGCUUUCCAUCUUGUUCCACGGACGAAGGCUUUCGAGGGUUUCUGCGUGAAGGCAUUUGUAGAGCAAGAAGAAGAAGGCGAAAAGCUGGAUUUCCGAUCUGUGGCUGUUCAAUUCGAGCUUGCGAGGAGAAACGACGCCGCUGGUUCUGUUGCGCGUGGUUAACAGAGAAAUCUAGGGUUUGUAAUGUGGAUUUGAGGGUGUUUGGACAAUUUGGAUGGUGUAGGGUUUGUGUAUGCGGCGAUGAAUAGGAGCUUUCGUGCUGAAGAGUCACUGGGGAAGCACAGAAUGGGGAGUCUGAGGAGCUCGAUAAUGAAAGAAAAGGACGAGGAGCUUGGAUUGUUCCUCGAAAUGCGGCGCCGUGAGAAGGAGCGCCAUGAUCUUCUGCUUCUCCAGGAAUCGGAAGAGUUCGAUGCUCCACUCGGACCAACCACAGGUAGUUCUCCUGUUUACAAUAUUUCAUCAGCUGCUCCUGCUCGUAAGACUGUUUCGGAUGAUUUUCUCAAUUCAGAAAACGAUAAGAAUGACUAUGACUGGCUUUUAACACCUCCAGGCACUCCUCUUUUUCCAUCAUUGGAGAUGAAUUCACAUAGUAGAGUAGCAAAUAAUCUGGGCAGUCCAAAAGCACGCCCAACUGCUCUUAAAUCUAGACUAGCCAAUCCAACUGAGCCGCCCCCUGCCAGAAGCAAUUUAACAUCCAGACAGCCAGCAUUGUCUCCAGGAAAUAGUUCAUAUUCAGGUCUUAGAAGAUCCUCUUCUUCAGGUGGAUCCAGAUCUUCAACUCCGACUGGACGACCCACAUUAGCCAAUUCCAGAUCCACAAUGACUUCGGUAGCUAGGCCAACAACAAAUAUGUCAUCUAAAGGAAUUUCAAACUUAGCAGCAUCAAAAUCAUCAGCGACCAGCUUACCAUCAUCUAAACCAUCAAGGUCCGCAACACCUACUUCACGUUCAGUGCCAACCUCAACCAAAACUGCAGUUCCUCCAAGAUCCUCAACACCUAAUUCCAGGUCUACAGCCAGACCCUCAACUCCAACUUCAAGGCCUUCUAUUCCCGGACCAAAGUCAACAUCCCGGGCAUCAACUCCCACCCGCCGGCCAGUGACAUCACCUGCAAUGAUGACAUCUGCUCCUGCCAGGUUACUAUCUUCUUCCUCAGUAGCAAAAUCAUCUACUCUUACUGCAUCAAGAAAUCCUGUACCACCACGUGCCAGUUCCCCGACUGUCAAGCCAAGACCCUGGAAUCCUUCAGACAUGCCUGGUUACUCAUUAGACGCUCCACCAAAUCUGAGGACUUCUCUAUCUGACAGGCCAGCUUCAGUAACCAGGGGCAGACCUGGAGCUCCUAGUUCUCGUUCAUCAUCUAUUGAUCCUUCUGUAAAUGGAAGAGGUAGACGGCAAUCAUGUUCUCCAUCAAGAGGACGCCCUCCUAACGGCAUUAUUCAUAACAGUGGAAGCUCAGUUCCUGUUCCAGCUAUGAGCAGGUUGCAUGCCAAAGCUAAUGACAACGUGAGCCCGGUCGCGAUGGGGAAUAAGAUGGUUGAGAGAGUGAUAAAUAUGCGAAAGCUUGCUCCUCCUAGACAAGAUAGUAACAAACACUCACCGAGUAGUAAUUUGUCUGCCAAGUCUUCCUCACCUGACAGCACAGGGUUUGGAAGAACACUGUCGAAGAAGUCUUUGGAUAUGGCUAUGAGGCACAUGGAUAUACGGCGAACAGUUCCUGGCAACCUAAGGCCAUUAAUGACGAAUAUUCCAGCAUCAUCGAUGUACAGUGUGAGAUCAGGUCACAGUAGGAGCAGGACAGUGAGUGUUUCUGAUUCACCACUUGCAACUAGCAGUAAUGCUAGUUCUGAAGUGAGUGUUAAUAACAACGCCCUUUGUGUCGAUGAUGUCAGCAGUGGCGACAGAGGCGGGCCCCGAUCUCCGACCAGCACCCGUAGUAGGUAACGUUAAUUCCCUAAGCAGUAGAUCACCAUGAGAGAUGGACAUUAUUAUUUAUAUUGUGUUUUGGAGGGGAAUUAUGUGGAUGUUAACUCGCCGGAGUUAUGAAAAACAUGAACUAGGUAGCUUUUGUAGUUAGAGCUUCUGUAUUAUCAAUUAGAAACCCUAAUCCAGUUUUAUGUUACUAUCUCCGAUUCUCUGUCUCAGGGUAUUUGUUCAGUUUGAAUUUUUCUAAUCAAACUAGAUAAAUUUU